CGUGCCUCAUUAAAACAGGAAACUCUGUAAUCAGGAGAGAAAAUUCAGUCCCUUCUCUUGGUUUCAGCCCCUGAAGCAAAGUCUAGAAGAAUUUUCCCCCAACAGCUGUUUUUGUUCCAGCAGCAAAGAUUGGUUCCCCGGACCCACCCACCAGGGGCUCCAGGACCAGCAAGGACAGUUCCUCAGCACAGGCUGUGUAAGACAUAAGAACGGCCAGACUGGGUCAGACCGAAGGUCCAUCCUGUCUUCCGACAGUGACCAAUGCCAGGUGCCCCAGAGGGAAUGAACAGAACAGGUGAUCAUCAAAUGAUCCAUCCCCUGUCGCCAGUUCCCAGAUUCUAGCAGACCCUGAAGCAAAGUCCUGGGGAGUUUUUCCCCCAACAGCUGAUUUUGUUCCAGCACCAAAGAUUGGUCCCCCGAUCCACCAGGCCCUCCAGACCCAGAAAGGACGGUGCAUCAGCACAGGCUGCGUAAGCCUCUGAAGCAAAGUCCAGGAGAGAUUUUCCCCCCAGCAACUGAUUUUUCCCCAGCAGCAAAGAGGAGGACACAGGACGGUUCAUCAGCACGGGCUGCGUAAGGAAAAUGGCAGGUUCAAGAACUCUCUGGGCUGAUUUAAUUUCAGAAUGGGGCAGUCACCUUAGCGAUCUGUCCCCGGAGGAAUCUAAAAAAGUCCAGACUGCUGCAGGAAACCUCACGGAAGCCAUCACAGUGGUGAAGAAAUCUGAUGAGUUGUUAAAGAAAACAAAGCUCAACGUUGCCAUCACCAGAGAGUGCGGCUUUGGCAAGUCAUCUUUCAUCAACGCCAUCAGAAGCCGAGCUGAUGAUGAUGAAGAUGCAGCUGAGACCGACGUGACGGAAUCAGCAAAGAAGUCAACUCCUUAUCCACAUCCCAAGCACCCAAAUGUCAUGAUGUGGGACCUGCCUGGGAUCGGGACGCCAAAUUAUCCAGCAAACACAGAUGGGGGGAAGAUGGACCUUGCUUUUUAUGAUUUCUUCAUCAUUAUCACAUCACAACGGUUUCGAGAGUCAGAUGCCAACCUGGCCCAGAAGAUACAGAGGAUGAGGAAGAAGUUUUACUUUGUCCGCUCCAGGGUGGACGAGGACUUGCGUAAUGAAAAAAGAAGAAGAACGGAGGUCAACGAGGAGGAAGUCCUGCAGAGAAUCAGAAACGAUUGCAUCACGAACCUGCAAGAUGCAGGCUUCCGUUCCCCACAGGUUUUCCUGGUGUUGAGUUGGGACUUUGAGAAGUACGAUGCUCCCCGACUUCAGGAGACCUUUUCGAAUGAACUUGACACUCACAGGAGACAUGCCAUCUUUCAUGUCCUGCUCAGCACCUCUAAACAACCCUUAAACUGGAAGAAAGAGGCUAUGGAGCAGCAGAUCUGGAAGCAAGCCAUUAAGUCAGGCGCUAUCGCUACUAUUCCUCUCCCGUUUCUCUCUGUUUGGUGGGAUGUUGGCAUCUUGGUGGAUAACAUGACCAAGUUCUGUGAGAGCUUUGGCCUGGACGACGAUUCCAUCAAAGCACUUGAAAAAUCCAUGGGUGAGUCUGGUGAGCUGAAAACUGAGAUACAAUUCCCUCUGGCUAAAGAGAGAUCAAGAGAUGAGGCAUUAAAGCUUCUGGAAGAGGCUACAGGGCAGGUUAUGAUGAUAGCUAAGUAUUUCAUCAGCAUGAUCCCAGGGAUUGGUACUGUGAUAGCAGGAGUGAUGUCUUACAGAGUCACGGGCAGAUUGCUAUGUACUUUUGUGGCUCGAGUUGCAGAAGAUGCUCAAAGAGUCCUGGAAAUGGCUUUGGAGAGAGCAGCGAUAACAGAUUAACAACAGCCACAAAAGAGCAAGGUACCUGAUAUCUCAUGGCAGCUGGAGAUCAGAGCCACCC